AUGGCCAUGCUUGUGGCUGUGUCCAUUGCUGUGCCCAUGCCCAUGUCUGUGCCCAUGCCUGUGUCAGUGGCUGUGUCUCUGCCUGUGUCCAUGUCUGUGUCAGAGCCCUUGUCCAUAUCUGUGUCCAUGUCCACGUCCAUGCCUAUACCUGUGUCGAAAUCCGCAUGCGUGUUUGUGUUCCCGCUCAUGUCCCCACCCAUGUCCGUAUUCGCGUCUGAUUCCAUGUCCCUGCUUAUGCCAUGUCCGUACCUGUGCCCGUGCCCGUGCCCGCAUCCGUGCCCGUGCCCGCAUCCUUGCCCGUGCCCGUGCUCGUGUCCGUGCCCGUGUCCCCGCCCGUGCCCGCGUCCCCGUGUCCCCGUCCCCGUCCCCGUCCCCGUCCCCGUCGCGGUGCCGGUGCCAGCAGUGCCUCCCGCCGCACACACUAGGUGUCACUGCGCGACCUGUAGUGGGACCCCGAGUCCCGCCGCCUGGCUCCGCGCACCGCAGCCCCGCUCCGCUCUGCGCCGGGUCACCACCAGGUGGGCUCUGCUCGAACCGGGGCAGCGGCACAUAGCCGUGAAGCUGACCUUCCGCUGGGGGCACGCCCAACGCACGGCGCUCCGAGGGGCACCUCCCCCUCGACAGCGACCCGUCCUCAGCGGGAUUUUCGGGGCAUCACGUCUCCCAGACACUGCUGUCUCCCGGGAGCUCUGGCCUAUCCAUCCCGUCCCAUCCCAUCCCCAUGAUAUCCCGACCCCAACGCCAUCCCCAUCCACACCCCAUCCCAACCCCGACCCCAUCGCAACCCUGACCCCAACCCAAAUCGCCCACAAGGCUGGGGGCUGUCUCACAGUUGAAUUUGGGGUGCCCCCAGCCCACACACAGCCCUGGUGCCCCCCACACCCGAGGUGCACCAAGAACGUGUAA